CGGUCUAAACUGACGGAAACAGCUGACAGAAUCUUCCAUGUAGGGGGGAGAUAUCGCUGUUUAAAUUGCGGCAUUCUUAGUCGAUCAUGUCAUUGUUUGUUUUACAGUUUUACUUGUGUAUCAGAUCGCACUGAGCAUAAUUAAUUUACCUACAUGCCAAAAUUAUAUCAACUAUGGGGUUAUGUAGAUACACCUAUACAAUCACAGAUUACGUCAAAUUAUAUUAACCCGGCAGAGGUUUCAGUGGUAGUACCCGAGGAUGGCCGCUGCUGCGGGUGUAAACAAGCAGGGGACCGCUGCAGCGAUGGAGGUUUGUGGUCGCCACGGCAGAGCUACUGCUGGGAAUACGGUGAAGGUGUUGGAGUGUGGAGUGUGUGAAGAUGUCUUUUCCCUACAAGGGGAUAAGGUUCCCCGUCUGCUGCUCUGUGGUCACACUGUGUGCCACGAUUGUCUCACCCGCCUGCCCCUGCAUGGCAGGGCUGUGCGCUGCCCCUUCGACAGACAGGUCACUGAACUCGGGGACUCUGGGGUGUGGGGGCUGAAGAAGAACUUUGCUUUGCUGGAACUGCUGGAGAGGCUGCAGCAUGGGGCGUCUAACCAGUCAGGCAUGAUGGAGGACGCCCUCGGAGGGGCGGGAGAGUGCAUCAUCCGCUGCGACGAGGACGAGAGCCACACGGCCUCCAUGUACUGCACCGUGUGCGCCACCCACCUGUGCUCGGAGUGCUCCCAGCUCACCCACUCCACCCGCACGCUGGCCAAGCACCGCCGCGUGCCGCUCGCGGACAAGCCCCACGAGAAGACCCUGUGCUCCCAGCACCAGGUGCACGCCAUCGAGUUCGUCUGUCUGGAGGACGCCUGCCAGCCCGGCCCGCUCAUGUGCUGCGUGUGCAAGGAGUACGGCAAGCACCAGGGACACAAGCAUGCAGUGCUUGAGGCGGAGGCCAACCAAAUCCGGGCUUCCAUCCUGGACAUGGCGCACUGCAUCCGCACGUUCACGGAGGAAGUGUCCGAGUACUCCAGGAAGCUGGUGGGCAUCGUGCAGCAGAUUGAGGGCGGAGAGCAGAUAGUGGAGGACAGCAUCGGCAUGGCCCACACUGAACAUGUCCCCGGCACGGCGGAGAGCGCCCGUUCCUGCGUGCGGGCCUACUUCGCGGACCUCCACGAGACGCUGUGCCGCCAGGAGGAGAUGGCCCUGAGCGUGGUGGACGCCCACGUCAGGGAGAGGCUCAUCUGGCUCAGGCAGCAGCAGGAGGACAUGACCAUCCUGCUGUCACAGGUCUCCACUGCCUGCCUGCACUGCGAGAAGACACUGCAGCAGGACGACUGCAGGGUUGUGCUGGCGAAGCAGGAGAUCACCAGGCUGCUGGAAACCCUGCAGAAACAGCAGCAGCAGUUCACAGAGCUGGCCGACCACAUUCAGCUGGACGCCGGCAUCCCCGUCACCUUCACAAAGGAUAACAGAGUCCACAUCGGUCCAAAGAUGGAGAUCCGCGUGGUGACUCUGGGCCUGGAUGGUGCUGGGAAAACCACCAUUCUGUUUAAGCUGAAACAGGAUGAGUUCAUGCAGCCCAUCCCCACAAUAGGUUUCAAUGUGGAGACAGUGGAGUACAAAAAUCUGAAGUUCACUAUCUGGGAUGUGGGUGGUAAACACAAGCUCCGCCCACUGUGGAAACACUACUAUUUAAACACGCAAGCGGUGGUGUUUGUUAUUGACAGCUGUCACAGAGACAGACUGAUGGAGUCUCACAGUGAGCUGGCUAAACUGCUGACAGAAAAGGAGCUUAGAGAUGCACUGUUACUUAUUUUUGCCAACAAACAGGACGUCCCCGGGGCGGUGUCUGUGGAAGAGAUGACGGAGUUGCUGAGCCUUCAUAAGCUGUGCUGCGGGCGGAGCUGGCACAUCCAGGGCUGCGACGCCCGCAGCGGAAUGGGCCUCCACGAGGGCCUGGACUGGCUGUCCCGGCAGCUGGUGGCCGCAGGCGUCCUGGACGUGGCCUGAGGCCCCGCCCUUUGACUCAUCUGCACUGGAUCCUGCUCUAGCCCAGCCCCCGUGACCCUUGACCCCUCUCCCUCAGCCCAGCCGCCCAGCCACCCAUCCUCCCCGUGACGUGACUAACAUCUCCUAACACACAGCAGCAGCUAUAAGUCGUUGAUGCUUCAUGUUUCUCGAGUAGCAGCGUUUGCAAAUAAACAAGGCUGGUGUUGGGAUGUGCCCUCCAUUGAAUCAAACUGCUCAGUGAUAGUUGAGAAUUUACUAACACACCUAUGAGACUAUUUCCAUUGUACCUUGCUGCACAGAGUGUGGAGAGGUUAACUUUAGAGCAUAAUUUAACAAUUAAGGUUGUUUCUGUGUUUAUAACCUCAGUGUUGUGUGUGUAUAAUAUAACUGAGGACAGCAGGUGUUCAGCAUGUUUUUGUUUGUUACAUGUCAGGUUAAAGUUGCUGUUUGCCAAUAUUAAUGUUAUACACUUAUUGGAAAACCCCCUUCAGAGUUCAUGACUCAGUGCCUGAUUCAGUGUUCAUCAUGGGGCUGCUGAUCAUUUUAACACCUUUUCGGUUUCGGUGAGCUCCUCAAAAAGCCUCGUAAAACGUACCCCCCUCUACCCCGGAUGAUCGCAGCAGAAUGCUUUUCUACGAGUGCAGUUUUAACAGACGCAAACAGAGCACACUCUGUUGGUUUUCGCACAUAAUUCUGCAUCCGGCGUUGAAGCGUUUAAAGCUGAACAUGCUUUUAAAGGUGAUUACAGGCCUUGGCUAUUUUGGCACCCCCUGUUGGCAGUGAUUUUAAGCCACUCCCCCCGUGGCCCCAUGCAGCACCUGCUAUGUGCUGGUAAAUGAACCCUAAUCAGAAGUGGCUCACUCUUGGGCUACACCAGUUUCGAUAUUUUCAGCAUUUCUGAGGUCUUGUUUGCUUUCAAAAUAAGAAAAAGAAAAACCCUCGCAUGUCAAGAUUGUAAGAAGUGCCUGGGGACCAUUGCUGCCCUAUCCAUUGUGUUGACUGAAGCACAUCGUCAGUUUAACAAUUGAAAAAACUGAAGCAUUUUGCUGAAUUCCCAACUGAAAUCAGUUAUUCAAUUGAUUUAAUGUGCAUUAUCCAUCUUGAAAGAGGGGGGUGUAACGUGUUUGUAAUUUAGCAGAUAAGGUCAAGCUUUCCAAUUCUGCCCCAGUCUUUUAAGUCUUAAAACAGUCCACUAAGAAAGAGGUGAUCAGAUUAGUCAGAUUAGUGUUGCUCUAGGAUGGUACAAAAAUAUGUAGUUUACUGAGAUUAUUUGUGUUUUAGUACUUUUGUAUAUAGUAAAGUUUAAAAAAAAUACUUGAUCAGAGUUGGAGGAAUUGUAGCUGUGAUGGUAAAGCAGUUAAUGUUUGUAGCUGUUCCCCCACCUCCUGUUUUGAGGAGUGUGUUAAGUUCUGAGCGCAUUGGAUGUGCUAGCCUGCAGUUUGGUGGUCUCUCCUUAGAAUUUAUUUGAAGCUCAAAUGGACAAGUGACAGCCAUGCUACAGAUCCUGUGACUCUUGGUUUGACCCCGUCACUGGCAGAACUGUGACCAACUGCUGUAAAAACUGCUGUUUCAGCACUUCAUGCCUGACUAGAUAGCGUGCAGCUACUUCUGUUAUGUACUUUCUCCUUAGGGCUGGGACUGGCAGUUUUCAUACCAACUUCUUUCUCGGUCC